GUAUAAAUUAAUAGGUAAUUCGGUGUACACCUAAACCCUCUCGACUGUUCAAUUAUAGCCUCCCCAGUUAAUAAUAGAUAUUUUUAUCAUACAGUGUAAGUACCAUUUUAUUCGUGCGGAUAUUAAAGCUUAUGAAAAAAUAGAGCAGCGAGGUUUCAUCAGCGCUCCGAAUAAUAGAAGUGUAUCAAGUUCAGCUUAUGCGGCCUCGGUGAAGUUCGUCAAAUGUCACCGAGCUGCAAAUAAUUAUACAGCUAAUAUGCAGCCUGAGGUAGAGUGUCAUAUUUUAUAAUUAGUCAGUAUAUGACGUGUAAACGAACGGGCUUACAGAGCAGAGUACCUACCUAUAGGCUAUAAUACCUAUAAUAUCCCGAUUUGAAGAUUUCAGACCUUGAACCGAACACGUUUACUUGUUGCGCAUAUUUAAUAACGCAAGUGUACGCGCUGUGCACAAGUGUCUCCUCAUUUUUGUCGGGUGCAUACGAAUAAUUAUAAUAUUAUGUUAAAUUGAUGAAUAGGUGUAGGUAUUAAUGCUGUGGCAGUUCACUAACCCUCGUACUGCGUGUUGAUAACUUUUCGUGUAUGUAUUAUGCAACAAUAAGCAAAUACUUAUAGCUAUGGUUUUAUGUAGUUAAUCCGAUAUGAUAAUUAUUCAAAAAAACGCGACGCAUAAUCAAUUGAUGAGUGUACACAUAAGUAUUAUAUUAUACACACCAAGUGUAAAUAUGGGUGGAUAUCUAUCCCAAUUUGUGGGCUCUUAAUUUUUAAGGAAAUGUCUUAAAGAAUAACUGAUUUAGACAGCACAAGGUGUACAUUUGCGGCGGAGGACGUAUCACGCGAACCGUCAAAUUUAAAGCGUAUGGUGUUAACGGAAUUACCGCUCGUGCACCACUGCAACGACAGCUCACAAUGCCCGGCCGCGUUCGGUUUCACUAGGUGUGAGAAUCACUUGUGCAUGUGCGACGAAAGUUUCUAUCAGGUAUUCAACAAGACUUCCUCGACGGCCUAUUGUCGCCUAUGUUCAAUGUUCCAAGAAAGUUGCUCCGUGACACAAUGCUGUGAAAAUCCACAUGCCACGUUUUGCUUCAAUGGAUUGUGCGUGUGCAGACCUGGGAUGGACGAAGAAUGUAUUUCGGGGAUUUACAGAGGCAGGUACACGCCGACGCUGGGCAUUCAGCUGGCCAACACUCUUUCGGUGUCGUUCGCAUUCGUCUUUCUCGCCAUCACAUUCAUCGCGGUCAUCAGGAAAACGUUGUUCAGGUGCAGAUUUUGCAGGUCCGAUUCGAUGAGCAGAGUAUCCAGCGACAGUUCGCUGAACGAGUUCGUCAAGCAGAAAAUGCAAAACAGGCCGCCAUGUUACGACGACAUAGAAAAAGACCGUAAAGUUCCUAUUUUUGACUACACUAAUCAGCCACCGCCCGAGUACGGCGCAACUCAUUUCAGCCGGCCGGGCACGUUCCUGCAGGGCACCCUUAACCCAUCCCUGUCGAUCAGCAACGUAGUGGAAAUGCACAUGGCCCCGCCGAACUAUUCGACGUUCACGACCGUCACCGAAGUCUCGACGGUGACACCGACCACUGCUGGAGACACGAUCGGUCGGACCAACGACGAAAUAAUCCUCACGCAACCGAUCUACACGAAUCGCGAGUUUUUGAGGCUCGCGUAAGCUAUUUCCGCCGUGUAGAUACCCGCGCUCGCAUAUGCAUGAGAUAUUAAAAAUAUACUUUAUUAUUGUGUUUUACAAUCGAUUGGUUUUACUCGUGCGCACGACCUGCUGCAGUCUCGAGAUCUCUGUAAAUACAGAUCACAGCGGCGUAUAAUCCGUACGGGCCAGGGUAUACUGUAAUAUCGUAUUUCGUACCAUGUAUAAUAUUAAGCGACAUCGCGUGACUAUAUUUGUGCGUAUUGCGCACUUUUUUUUAUUCCUUCUCAUACUGUACCACAUUACCUUCAACCAAUUCACUUAUUAUGUUAUAACAAUAAACCGGUUGGUCCAUUUAACUCAAGAUACUCUUUAUUUUAAAAAAAAAAAUACGUUUUUGAAAAAUAUUUUAUUUAAAUAGCUUUAAAUCGUUACUUAAUUUUUUUUUUCUUUGGUUAAUGACAACGUGUGUUUUUAGUUACUUAUUCCAAAGCGACAUAUUUUUAAGAGUACUUUAAUGUAUAGAAUCGAAUUUAGGACAUAAUAUAGUUUAUAUGAGUUACAGCAGGCGGGGUUCCUGAGAAAAUGGUUGGUCCACUGCUCCGCUCUUCUAAACUUUAAAUGCUCAUAACCAAUAAACUAUACUAGUCCGAAUUUGUACUAUUAUAGAUCGAAAUACUCUGAAUAAUAUUCUACUAUGAAAUGUGAGAUACCACAAUAAUGCAUGUUAACAUUUUAAAGACUAAAAAACUUAAAAAAUGAUAAAGGUACAAAAUAGUUAGAAAUAAAAAUGUUUUCCAAAAAUGUUGUUUUGUAACAGGUUACAAAUUAUGUAAAAGCAAUAUUUUCAAACAACAUAAGUGUCAUAUCAAAUAAUGAGUAUCUUAGGUUGAAUUAAAUCAAUAUAUUAGGCCCAUAUAUGGAUAAUAUACGACUGACGAUAUAGUGUACAUACGUCUCUACAUCGACCGCUGUAUUAUAGUGUAUAAUAUAUUAUGGGUUUGCCCGUGCGUGAUCAAAUGUCCGAGAAAAUUAUUAUUAUAUUACAUUAUGUUCUUUUUUUUCGUUAUUCAGUAUUUGUAUUUGUAUUUUUUUUUUUUUUGCACGUUUUAAUUUGUAUACGCGUCAUAUACAUUUUAUUUUUUUUUUACAUAUUUUCAUUAUCAUCAGUGAUAUGAGUACCUAUUUAAUGUAACAAUGUUGUGAUAUUAUAAAGUAAUAAUAAUGACUAUUACCAUAUUACUAUAUAAUAGACGUAGGUAGUUAGACGCGUGUAUCUAAUACGUGUACUCAGCCUAUUAUUAUCUACGCACGCAACCUACUGAUGAUAUUAUAAAGUGCGAACGUUUAACUAUUGUUGUUUAACGUCAUUCGUUAAAAAACCAUCUUUGUAUAAUAUUAUAUUAGGUAUGUACCUAUACAUAUUUUAUUGAUGUUAAAUCUCGAAUUAAUAUACGAUUUCUAAACGUUUCUAA